AUGAACACCCGCCAAGUUAUUGACGAGACUAUUGGACCGUAUUCGCUGUCAGCGGCCUUUAAUAAUGACAGCAGCUGUUUCUCAGUCGGCUUGAACUCUGGCUUUUGUGCUGAGGCUAAGAAGGGUGAUUGUGCAGUGUUCAAUUCCAAUCCUUGUGAGCUCAAGGUUUCUCGAGGUAAGCUUCCGGCUUCUUACAUCCUACGACAGACUAUCUCAAACUCACCGCCCACCUCGAAUCACUUAGAUUUCAAUGCUGGAAUCGGCCUGGUCGAAAUGCUCGGCCAAUCGAACUAUCUUGCGAUUGUCGGUGGAGGACGAAACCCCAAGUUCCCCCAAAACAAACUGGUUAUCUGGGAUGACGCCAAGCAAAAAGCCGCCAUCACCCUCGAAUUCCGCACCUCCGUCCUCGGCGUCCGCCUAUCCAAGUCCAGAAUCGUGGUCGCGCUCUUGAACAGCAUUCAUGUAUUCGCAUUCUCGACACCCCCACAGAAGUUGUCGGUAUUCGAGACGUCGGAUAACCCGCUCGGACUAGCGUGCCUUGGUCAGAAACAGCUCGCCUUCCCAGGCCGGUCCCCGGGACAAGUGCAGGUAAUCGAGCUGGAGACGGGCAAUAUCAGCAUUAUACCGGCGCAUAGCUCUCCCCUACGCGCCAUGACACUGAGUCCGGACGGGGAGGUGCUUGCGACAGCAAGCGAAGCUGGAACACUUAUUCGUGUCUUCUCUACAGCGAAUUGCACGAAACUGGCAGAAUUGCGCCGAGGCGUAGACCAUGCAGUCAUAUUCUCUCUUGCAUUUUCUCCCUCUAAUACCCUUCUAGCAGUCACUUCCGACAAGUCCACACUCCACAUCUUUGAUAUACCCCACCCGCAUCUCGCGCACCGAGGCCAGUCUCCCACUUCAGCGACCGAGGAGGGAACGAAUCAGAAAUGGGGCAUUUUAGGCAGACUACCUCUGCUACCGCGUGUGUUCUCCGACGUGUACUCCUUUACCAGUGCUCAUUUUGAGAUUGGCGAGGAGGCUACGCCGGGGUCACCGUACGCAACGCCCAUCGGUACAUCAAUGGGGCGGCCUCCCAAAGGCGUCAUUGGAUGGAUGGAUAAUCGGACUCUUUUGGUAAUUGGAUCCGGCCAGGACGGGCGUUGGGAGAAAUUCGUUCUGCGGGAUGGCGAUGACGGCAAGCGAUAUUGCAUGCGCGACGGUUGGAAACGGUAUCUGGGCGGCUGA